AUGACGCAAGAUGGUAGAAAUCAUUCCGGACCGUGGCGUAACAACACUCCAGAACAAAUGUCACUUCCGAGAGCCAAACGUUACGGCAGCAAUAGACAAGAUUCACCACCCAUCGACGUCGUCGAUAGAAACGUCGAGAACGAUUCCCCGCAUCGCAACGAAUUUUAUAGACCCGAUGAUAAUUCGAUGAGAAAACGUAGUACGAGUCCGAGAUAUCAGAAAAAAGAUGGAAGCGUCGUUAGUAAGAGAAGCGAAAGUCCGAGAGAAUACCCUAAAAAUCCCGAUGAAAUAGUUUUGAUGAGAAAAAGAAACGGUAGACCGUUAUCACCCAUCAACGGAAGGGGUGGCGGUACUAAUAAUAAUAAUCGUCACAGUAAUCCCGAAUACAGGAGAAGUUAUUCUCCGGCUAAUAGAUACGAUAGAAAGGAAAUAAUAGACGAAACGAUGAUUAAAAUGUCGUGUCCUAAAAAUCUUGAAGAAUCCAUACCGAGAGAAAAAUCGUCGAUAUCCAUUGAAAAUUUCCGUAAGAAAAACGACAAGGGUAACAUGUCUCCGGUCGGUGUCGUCGCUCCGAGACGUCGAACGAGCGACGAAAGCAGUAGAAAUAAAAUGAACGAACAAUAUUGGGAUGACGAAGAAAGUUACAAGAGAAGGAUUCCCGGGUACAAAGACAAAAUGAAACACAACGUCGAAGACAACAUAAUGAUGACUAAAGAAUACAAUCAGCAAAAGAUGAAAAGGUUCGAAUCCGAUACCGGGGAGAAAAUGAUAAUGUCUAAGGAGAAAAAAUUACGGGAAAACACGAUGAAACUCUCACCCCAGGAAAGAUUUCUAGAUGCCAAAUCGAAAUUUUUAAUGUUGGAAAAAGAAAGAUUGAAAGAACAGGAUAAAAAUACUCAGAAUUUAGUAGAUAAGAAACGAUGCGUUCAAGACGAAGCGCCCAUUUCGCCGGAAAUCAUUAAAAAUCGUCCAUCUUGGAACAGAUCAUCCGACGAAUCGAAAUCGUUGAAAAAUCAAAAAGUCGAACUCGUGAGAAGAAACAGUUUUUUCGAAUUGGACAACGACGUGAAAUACUACGACAAAGAAAUAAGAGGGAAAUCAAUAGAUCAAUCGAAAGAAUCCCUACACGAUCCGGAAUUACAAAUGAUUAAAAGAUUAUCGAGAUCAGAUUCGAGAAACCGAUUUUUUUCGCAAGAAAGAUUAAGCGGCGACUUGGAUUAUGAAAUACAUUACAGAUCAGACAGUCCUAAAAAAUUUAGGGAUGAUCAUGAUGGAUUAAGAAGAAUGAAAAUUAGGAGUGAUGCAAGAGAUUACAUUCAAGACGAUCACAGAAGAGGUUACAAUAGAGAUUGGGAAAGAGAAAGAGAAAGAUAUGCGAGUCCUUCGAGAGAUAUGAGAAAAUAUAAUUCUAAUUCGAAUAAUAGAAGGCAAACGCCAUCGCCGGAUGUGGAAAAUUAUCCAGAUAACGAUGAAUGCGACGACGAGGACGACAUGAGAAGGAGAAGAUGUUACGAAGACGAAGUCGAUCAUUCUCAUCAAAAUUAUAAAAAUUCAAAUAAAAAUCGUUCGAUCGAGAGAGGAGAGGAAGUGACGUCGAAAUCAGUGCCAUACGAAAGGAAUAAAAUAUCAAAAUACGAAAUGUUGGAAAACGAAAAGAAAAUGAGUUCGAACGCGUUGGCGAAAGAAUUCAAAAGGAGAAGUUAUCAGGAUAAAAUGAUCGAACAAGACAACAAGAGAAUGAAUUACGUAGAUAGAGAUUACGAUGGCGGUGGUGGUAGAUAUUGUUGCGAUGAUUAUCCAGAAGAUUCUGUUAGAUUUCCAGAAAAAUCCGACGUGAGAAGAAGAAAUCAAUAUAAUUUAACCAAUUUGGAAUUGAAGAGAAAUUCACAUGAGUUGGCAAAAGAAUUUAACAGGAGAUCAAGAGGUUAUUCGUACGAAAGCGACGAAGAUUGUAGAAAGCAAAGGUCAAAUUCCGGAUAUCAAGAACAUAAAGAAAGAUAUCCAGGACAACAACAACAACACGAAAGAGAAUCUUCGAGAUCGUCCCAUCAUCAAGUUGAUCCCGAAACGAAAUUAUCGAGAAUGAAUUCAGAUGAUCACGAUAAAUUUAUCGAACAACAACCGAGAAUGAUACAAUUACAAAUGGAUAGAAUGCCAGCGAGGUAUCGGCAUAGUUUCGUAGACAAUGGUCCAAGUUUAAGCGUGAUGCCACCAAAUCGUGGUCACGACAUGUUGCACAGGACCAACAGUUCCGUAUCGUCAAACAGGGUCGGAAUAGCUGCCGUACAUCCUUAUUAA